UUGAGUUGUAUUUUUUGUUGUUCAUCUUUUUCAUAUUUUGUGCUUUGCCCGUUGAUUCGUUCGCUGCUCUUUCAGUUGUGCCCCGCGCCACAUUUGCCGUGCCUUCGAAUGAUUGCGCUGUGCUGCUGGCGGCAAUGGUGCCGCGACCGCGGCCAGGCCGCCGUGUCUACCUUUUCGAUUUUCGAUGGGCCGCCGAGCAACGUUGAGCGCGAGGAAUUACGCCAGGCCAGGCCAGACAAGGCAGAAAAUGCGCCCGCCCGUUCCACGUUCGAACGUCUGCCUUGUUGCUGUCGAGCUGCAGGCCCGAGCCGAGAACGUUUUGUGUGGUGUUCCAUUUGUUUUGAUUGUUUACUUCCAAUUGAAUUUUCCCGUACACAAUGCUUCGGGGAAGUAGACGAGACGGGCGGCGGAGCGAGAGGGCGCAUGAAAACUCGCCGCCGAGGCCUGUCGACGUGUGCCGACGACCGGAGAUAUGUCAAGUUCCAUUGGCGCGCAUGACACUCGGCCGUCGUCGUGGUUUUGUUGGCCUCGGUCGCCGUGCCGCCAAAUGGAUGAUGUGAAAUGUGCGUUUGCCAUGGCUGCGGGCGUUCAGAGCCGUGUUCCGGUGGUCGAAAAGAAAGAGCCCAUUUCGUGCUGGCGAACGACGUGUCAACUAUUUUUUCUUGCGCUGUAAUGGCGUAGAGCUCAUGCUCGAAGUGGAUUCCAUUUUAUGCUGUACACACAAUUCUUCUGGUGCGAGGCAAGGCGUCGUACAGAUGCAUGUAGUCAUGUAGCCUCUGUGACUCUCGACCGGCUCAGUUUCCGAUGGUAGAAUGUUAAAAUAAAUGGUUGCCCGUACGGCAGGCGAUAUGCUCGAAUGUGUGGCUCGCGGAGAGAAUUUAUCGUCACCAUCUCGGGGGUCUAAUGGCCGCUGCAAUCGAAUAUGCACAGUACCUGGUGUAGUGCCCUCUGAAAAUAACCUCAAUUCAGUGUGCUGAUGGGAAAGCCAACAAGAUAAUUCGAUUGAAUUUCUACUCACCAAGGACGUUACACAUUUUAUAACUGAUAGAGUACUCGAAAAUAAGGAUCCUUUUGUAAAUUCCCCUUCAGCGCCGGCCUCGCCUAGAACUUCGCUAUCAAACUAUUCAGAAACCGGGAGCAAUGCAUCCGCCGGCAAUGACUCCAAGAGAGGGGGUAAAAUAAAAAGCCGGGCAGAUGCAAUGCUGCAGCGAGCCCGCAAAGUGACAACUGAAUCAGAACGUCCACCUUUGCUAAGUCGAAGCCCAUCGCAAGUAGCCCGUAGGUGGGGCACGCCUAUUUGGGAUACAGAGCACGCUCUUAAAUAUUUCGAUAAAGUUUACAACGCCAUCAAGGAACACUAUAAAGGAGAGUUUCCGCCAAAGUCAAAAGAAAAGGCUGGAAACGCAAAAGUCUUAAAAGGAAAUUUCAUAAAAAUCGAGUCAUUUCAUAAACAAUAUCGGCCAUACUACAACCUGCUGAAAGGCAAAUGGCCAGAGAUUAAUCUGCAAUCAGAUGAGAACAUUGGAGCAUUUGCUUACGCAAAUGAUCGAUCCUCUAGACACAGUCGAAGUGUAAAGGCAACGCAAGGGAACUUGCAAGAAUCAAAAAAAUCACAAGACAGCACCAUGACACGAAAGAACCGGUCAACGAAACACAUCCGGGUGCAGCCCAGUAGCAGAAUAACUUCCGAAAAACAGUGUGGUUUCUGUGAGAUAUGCCGCGUCGAGUACGACGUCCUAACUGUCCAUUUAAAAACUGACGAACAUGUGAACUAUGUGAAGAACGAUCGCAAUUUUCUGGAAUUAGAUUCACUGAUAAAAUCUAGUGCCAAUGUUAACAAAUUCCUAAGUAUUAACAAGACUCUGUUCAACGGUAGUGAUUGCGAAAUAUUUCCAAAGAGAUCAAGGAGACACACGGCCACAAAUAAUCGAUAUGUGCACAAUAAUAGUCAAUCAGAAGUGGAACCGGUGAAGACUGCCAUCGUGGAACUGGGUAAGAAAUCUUUAUCGGAACCGAAUAACUAUUCACGGUACACGCGACAAUCAUUCUCGCGGCAAUCAAUAAAUUUGCCACCACAAUCACUGGUGAAUCGGAACGAGGGCGAUAAGAAGUCACAGAGUGAAAUAAUGGGCGCCGUGGUUAGAGCCAGGAGGGAAUCGGUAAAGAAAAUCAACUACGCCGAGGCAGGUGAAGAGGAUGAGGAGAACUCAAAUGACGCCAUAUUCUCUAACCUGCAGAGUAAACGCACGAAAGUUGCCAAACCAGCGAUCGUGAAAAUCGAGGAGUCGCCAGACGUGAAGUCAAAACGGCCAAUAUCGACAGUCAUGUACAAAGUAGUGGAUGCAAAAACGGACAAUGCAUUAGAUAAGAAAGAACCCUUGGCGGAGAAGAAUUCCGAACAGCCCGCCCCACUCAUUGUGAAAUUCCGAAAGGUUCGUCAAACCGAAUUAGCGAUAUUAAACGGCGAAGCCGUGAAUUUCAUGUUUCCGCCAAAAAUGUCCAGUGAUAUCCCGACUGAUGUUGAUCGCCACACUACAUCUGAGUCGCGAACAACCCACUCUAGUGACUUUUCUUCAAGUGAAAAAAUCUGUGGUACUUCGAAACGCAAAUCGUCGAUCGUGAGCCAAGGCACGGAGGACAGUCGCGACAGUAGUAGUGGGAAACGUAAAAAAGUGAACAAUUCUUUUACUGAGCCCGCAAGUAAUAAUGUAAUUGCUGAUCAGGAAAAACUAGAGGAUUCCGGAUGCGAUAGGAGAGUGAAGCGGAAUCGGAAACGGCGAUUUCGAAGGGCCCCCAUCCAGCCGCGUGGACGACGAAGAAUAAAACAGGAACCAGCCGAACCUGAAGAGGAGCAAGCUGUGACCCAAAUCGUUACAAGUCCACCGGAGGAUAGGAUGGGGGAGAAGAAGGAAGUAUGUAAUUUAGCGAGUAUAUUGCAGAAUGAGCUUGGAAAGUACAAAUUCGCUUUUGAGCGAGUACCUUAUAGUGAACCGUGGUAUAACGUCUUUCAUCGACAGGAUGAGUGCAAGGAAGAAACUUUCGAAUAUUAUGGAAAUACAGUUUAUCGCAAACUUCCAUAUGAAAUGGGUCCGCUUCCACCUUUACCUGCGAAUUGUAGUUGUCUGCAAAGCAAAAGCGAAGGUGAUAAACCAUCAAAUCCCGAUUUGCCUAUUAACGCCGAACAAGAAGACAGUUCACCCAGUAGCACUGAACAGAAUGAGUCAGAAACCGCCAGUAUCAAAAUGGAGAACCCAAGAAAAUCAAAGUCGCCGAAUAAAAAGAAGAAAAAAUAUAAAAGACCAACGGCUGCGAUACUUAACAUGGAAAUGCCUAGGAAAUCACCUCGUGAACAUCCUUCGACAUUAGCCAUUCUUAGUUGUCUGAUCAAUCGCCGAGAAGACAAAUCGUCCAACGUUCGAAAAACUGAGAAGACGGAAGAGGAGAAAUCGUCAACGGCUCCUAAAAAGAUCGAAAAAGUGCAGGAGGAAAAGCCAGCUACCGCCCAAAAAGACGAAAAGUCAGAAGAAGAUACACCAAAACCAAACGAAGUUGAAAUUCGUGUAGAAACACCUAAAGAGCAAACUACGAUGCAAAUUUCACCGCAAAUAGGUGAAAGCGUGAAACGAUUGCGUCGUGGUGAAAAACUGCUAGAAAACAAAAGAAUCAAGUGCGAACCAAUUCCAGAUAAAAUUCCUCCAAAAAUCAAGCGAGCAGUGGGACGACCGCGAAAGCAAUUCACUCUUCUGAAACCCACAGAAACCAAUCCGAAUGAAAAACGAAAGGCGCGUCAGCAAGAAUUUGUAGAUGUGAAUAGAUUACAGAGAAAAAUCGAUCUCUUCCUCUCGCUAACGCCAAGCCAUUUGGAUUUUGAUGAAGACGAAGGCCUUCCAAUAUCAGAGGAUAAAAACGAGAUCGUUGAUAAUUUCCGGUAUGAAACGAAUCUUAGCGAAUUGGUGUUGAACAAUGCCCAUGCUAACGAUGCGACGAACGCUUCUAGUGCGAAUCCACCAAAGGCGAUCACGAGCAGACUGCGUUUCUACAAGCUCUUCACAAUGAACAAGAAGGUGAAAGUGAAUAGGACGGGUUGGCCGAAGAAAAGACGAGUAAUUACCCGACAGCAGAAUACUGUAAAAAUGCCAGUGCUGAACGGCCUGGCUACUACUGUUGAUACUCCAAACCAAACCGUGGAGAAACUCAACAAUGAAGUAGAAAUUCCGACGCAGUCACCAAUCACACCUCCGGAGACGGACGUGGAAGAUAAAAACGAAUGCGAUUGCAACUCUGUCACCACGGCCUUACGCGAUGAGAAUACAAACCUUACAUUCGCAAGUGAUCGGGCCGAAAACUCAGACAUGUUUACAGUUUCAUCGGAUAGUCUGGACACCGUUUUAGAUGUAGGAAGCCAAAUCAAAACUGAAAUUCAAAAGGAGAUAAUUGCAAGUCGCAAAUGCAAAGUCAACAUCUGCAAUAAACUACCGCCGGAUGUGAAAAUUCGUAAAUCAUCUCGAAUAAGUUUCCGACGUGGAAAGCACCUUUACCUGAGCCGUAGUGUGCAUAAUGUGAAAACCGAGCGGCCUGAUGUCGAAGAGGAAAGCGAACCAUGUACGCCACAUUCUGUAACACCCACUGACAUCACAAUGAAGACAUCGUCAUCCCCAACGCCGUCUCAGCAAAGACCGAUCAAAUCCAGCCCCGCGCUUGUGUGCCCAAUUUCACCGAGACGAUUACGAAAACCUCGGGGCCGAUGGUACCGUGAAAGAUAGUCGUCAUACCUUGCCUAAGUCAGUAUAUCAGCGCCCACUUCGUUAUAGUCGACACGUUAUUCAAAUUUAUCUACAACAAAAAGUUACUAUAUUUGCAUAAACUGCCAGAAGCUAAACGCCGCAAUGCGCUACCCUCACUACUCGAUAGCACCGUGUGCUGGGAUUGAAUACCGCUAUCGACUAUUCUGACUUGGUUAUCCAGUAUGACACCUUAUUACCACCAUUAAAUAUUAUUUAAACGUUCUAUUUGCAAGAAAACCUACUAUAAUGAAAGCCCAUUGUGAAAUUGUGCUAAGUUUUAAGUUUUUAGUUUGUAAUGUGUAUAAAAAUAAUGUAAUUCAUAAUAUAUAAUCUAUAAGAAAACCCGAAAAAAGAGAAUAAGUAGGCGAUCAGCGAAGUUGCGUAUCCUAAUCAAAUGAAGGAAAAGGAGAAAAACUGUAAAUUUUCGAAAAAAGCGUAAAUAAGACAACUAAAAAUGUAAUAGAAUAUCUAAUAUGAAUUUCUCGAUAGCGAGAAGAAACAAUUUCGAUGAGAAAUUAUGUUUAAAUACUAAAAAAAAUCAUAGAUUAUAUUUUUCAUUACAUUAUUUAUUGCAAUUCUCUACGAUUAUUGAUACCAUUGUUUUCUUCUUGUUUUAAACUAUAUUUUGUAUCUGUAUGUAGUUAAAAUUUAGAAUAUAAUAAAAAAUUAAACAUUUUUGCUGAA